UUAUCCCACGGAAUACUUCGACGCGCGGCGUGUCUGUGUCGGUCUGUCUGUCUACAGCCAACAUGCAGUCAUCUCUGGAGUCCUCUGGUUUCUUUGAGACUUUCAAUAGUGAUGCAGACGAUUUUGAUUUAGAGGACGAUGAUUUCCCAACAGGAACAAUGUCUUUCAACGGGCGACUCGUCAUAUCAGGCAGUCCUAAUGUUUUCCCAGUGCUCGAAACGGGAGGGAGAGGCAUUGUGUUUGUGCCAGAAGAUAAGAGUACUGAUUGUGAUGGGGAUGAUCAUAUUGAUGAUAGUAUUUGUAGAGGUUACGGAAUGUCAGUUAAUACAGAUCCACAAAAUAUCAAGUUUGACAUCAUUUCAACCAGGAUAAAUGAAAAUCAACGGAAGCAGCAUGUGUUUUACACCCUCAUGGUCCUCAAAACUGAAGGUGUUGACACAGACAAAGCUUUAAUAGACCGACGUUACUCAGACUUUGCAGCUCUUUAUAAAGCUCUCAAGAAAGACCAUUCCAAAUUACUUGAAGGUGUAAACUUUCCUGGAAAAGUUUUUGGUCAGAAAAGUAAUUUGAACCCUGAAGUUAUAGAGGCCAGACGCUGUGCUUUUGAGUCUUUCCUUCAAAAGGUACACACUCAUAAGGAGGUCCUUCAUCAUCCAGCUUAUAGGAAAUUUUUCUAUUUGCCAGAACUCUGCGAGGCGACAGAACACUUGAAAGGUGGUGAAUUGAAGCAUAGUCUAAAGCUUUUGCUGAACAGUCUGCAUCUUCAAGUCAAGUUGUGUGAUCAAGUGAGAGAGAUCAUUGCUACUUUGGCAGCAAUUGUUGUCAUACAUGAGGCUCAAAGUAAAUUUGAAGAAGCUGAUCGUUAUGCAACAGCUGCUCUUGAAUUAAUUGAUGAAGAUCAUUACUGUUCUUAUCUCAUUCCACUUUUGGAUACAACAGCCAGACUUAGAUGGAAACUAAAAAAAGACAAGAGCACAAUAGAGAGACAUUUGGCACACGUUCAAAGAACAAGUGGGAUUGAUGUCGAUUGUGCUUUCACUUUGCGAGAGCUUGCUGUUACAAGGUUUAGCAUGUGAAAUGUUUCUAUUUGAAGGAGAGUUUCAAAUUGUAGUACAUGGACAGGAAGAGGGCAUUCCACAUGAAUUAGUCCCCAGGGUGCUUGUUUCCAAUCAUUGUCAGGAUAAGUUUGUUCUUUUUUUUCAGAUUUGAACAUUCUGUCGUUUAUUAAUGAGCAAAGUUGUGAAGGCAUGCAGUCAAGUUCAUCAGUAAGGGAAUGUGGAAUUCACAAGUUAGACUACACAUAACUGAAUUGAAAAACCUCUGACAUUGUUGACGUAUGAGAAAUUGAGAAACAUUUCCUGCAUUCCUGUCUUUUAAUGUCCUUCCUGUUUCUAUGAAUUUGUAACAGAACAACUUAUCCAUUUUUCUUAAAAUCAUGUUUUUAUAAAUAGAUGAAAUUUAGAUGACAUCCUCAAUCAUAGCAUGUGUUGAAGGUUAGUCAUUAGGAGCAAUCUAAGAAUCUUUCGAAAAUCAAAUUUCUCGGCAAAAUUAUAGGAGAUAAUUCAGUGGCAUCCCAACUUAAAACAUUUAAUUAAGUCAUGAAAUGCCUUUAAGUUAGUUAUUACAGAGUGCAAAUGAUCAGGCAAUGUUUUAAAGCCAGGCACAGUACUAAGCUUAAACCUAAAAUAAUAAAUAAAUAAAACAGUACUAAGCUAAAACCUAAACUAAAUUUUCUAGAGAAGAUGAAGCAAAUGCAGCCAAUUAAUUUUGAUUAAUGUAUAGGCAUGGUAGAACUGUAAGAAAAAAUAUGAUGUGUCUCAUUAGCAGGCUCUUUUGGGAGGUAAAUAAAAUUCAAAGUUGAAAUAACUAUGCUUUCCAACCCAUAACAGAUGUGCUAUUCAAGAAUUGUAAGUAAAGUAAUGUUCUCAGUUUGUAUGUCAUUUCUGAAUUUUUUUAUAUAUUACUAAGCUUGCACAACUGUCAACACCAAAUUUUAUUUAAAUACUCUGACUCUUGGCAUGUUUCAGAAUGUGACAUGACAUCUGUUCUUUGGGUAGAUAAGUUGUUGUUUCACUAGCAAACCUUUGUAAUUAGUGUAUAAAAUUACAUGUAUUUUGUUAACUGUA